UUUGUAUAUAUUUAUACGUGACUAUAUUUUGUUAUUGAGAUUCUCUCUCGGUUAUAUUUUAUUUUCAGCUUUUUCUUUGGUAAUUUUUUUUUUAUUAAACUUGGAGUUUGCAUGCUGUUUGUUCUGGUUUUUAGAGAGGCUUUUAGUGUAUGUUUUUUCCACUCUUUGAGGAGUAGGUAGGGUCGAGUAUAGAAUUGAUUUUGAUAUGUUUGCAUGUAUUGAUUGUCUGAAGAAUUGAUUCUAACUCACUUUUAAUAGAAUAUAUUUUACAAAAUCAACUCAUCCAAAGCUAUGAAGCACGGACACUCCUCAGAUUAGGCCUGUCCAGGUGACACUUGUAAUUACACUGAAUUAUGUAAUUUUGUCAAAUUAUUAGCGGUGUCGACGUUUCAGUGUCCGUGUCCGUAUUCGUGCUUUAUAGAUCCAAAGUCAAAUUUAGUCAUCGUAGAACCAAACAUACACUCAGUACUUGUUUGAUUAUGUGUUUCCGUGGCCAAAUGUGUGUCUAUGGCUGCUCUCACUGCGAUUUACAGAAGCUCCGAAACCAAGCUUGCGAGGCAAUGUGGUUUUUUACUGCGGAAUUGAUAAACGCACUACUAAAGCAAACAUAGGCUUAAUAUAAAAUAUGUUAGGAGUUAGAAGUAUAAGUUUGUCGAUUUUGUAAAGAAAUUACUUGAAGUCUGUUGUCUAGUUUUGAAGACAUCAUAAUGGGUUUUUCCUGAUUUUUAUAUGAGGGUAGUAGGACAUUAUUAGGUACAAACCAGUUUAGUUGAUUGUUCUAUAUAAAUGUAGAAAUAUUCUACCAGGCAUGAUCAAUUUAUUUUAUGUCUUUGUUAUAACACUGCCUGAUCAAUGUACUUUUAGACCUUUAGAAGUAACAACCAUUAAUUAUGCAUAUUGGUUGAGUUUUCCCCCCAUGAUUUGUUUCCAGAUAAUCGGAUAGAACCAACCUUCGACCUGACAUACAGGUACUGGACUGCUCUAAUUAAAACUCUAGCAAGUGUGUUAUGAUGCCUUGGCUUGGUAAUAUAUACCAGAAGUUUGAGAAUAUGAUCCUGGAGGUGGACGACACAAUGUUUGAGGAAACUGGUCAAUACCUAGAGAAUCAAAUGCAGAUUGUCGGAGAAAGUGUUACAAAAUUCUACUCUGAAGUCAUGGAAGAUUUACUUCCGCCAUCUUCAUGUGCUACCCCUGUAUUGCCUAUAGGUCAAUAUGCUAAUGCUGCUGCUAUCCCUAAGAAGUCAUUUCAACGUUCGAAGAAAAGAAUGGUAAAGGCUAAUACCAAGCGAUCAACCGAGGACUCAAGUAUGAAUCAUGAUUCUGGCAAUUCUAUCAAAAAGAGUAACUUUAUUUGGCGUCCAAAACAACAUGUUCGGAGUGCAGAUAUUAAAUUGAAUAUCAGUGAUGAUGAAAAUCUAAAAAAUAGGAAGAUUCCUGCACCGAAGACAGCCAGUAAAGUUGCUCUAUCAAAAAAAGAUGGAUGCGGUUCAUCACAAUCCUGUGAAAUCUCCAAUGUAAAUGAAAAUCAUGAGGCUACUGUUUCCAAGACUGCUUCUGUAGAAGUAACAACCUUUGCAGCUGUAGCAGACUGUUGCUGUGAAACUGAAAAAGCAAGUUCAAAACAAAACCGCGGUUUUCCCGUAUUGGUUGAUUCAGCUGAAGAGAAAAAUAUGAGAUCUUUCCCAAGUGACAUAUUUGAAGAUGCGCAUGGGUUUUCUAAGGUCAAAGCUAUGCAGCCUGAAGAUUGUUCUCAUAGUACAAUCAUUGUGUCUCAUCCAGCAAAUAUUGAUGCUUCUAUAGAGCAAGAUGAUAAAACCACGAGACAAGACAAUGACUUGAAGCUCGAGGAAGUUUGUGUCAUGGUUACCAGAGACGAACUUCAGUCAGUUCCCAAGGCAACGGUUAAUACGAAGAAGAGAGAGAAAAAGUGGCUGCAACCCUUUUCUUUGUAUAAGAAAUCUACAAGGAAGCAAGAGUACGAAGUGCUUGCAUUAUUGCAUGGGAACAAUGAAAAUGGAAAUGGUGAUUGCGUGGAGAGUUUAUGUCCAACUUCGGAGGAAGAUGUCUCUGAACCCGAGUGGGAACUUCUCUGUAUACCACGGUGAUCAUGUUGUAGGUGGAGACGCGCAAAUAGUGUCGGUGCACCAAAGAUAAUGCCCUUGGAUGUAUUAAAAUCUAAAUUGUUCAUUAAAUAAUAUAUAUCCAACAGUUCUAAUUAGUGACACACCGUUACAACUUGUACAUGCAUGUUAGUCCUCACAUGAGCUGAGUAGAUACACUGUCAACGCUACAGAUUUUACAUCAACUUCUUAGUCCUUAUGCAGGAUAUUGAGAUGCCUUAUUGCAUUCAAUGUUCCACACUAUAUAUUUACUUUCUUUAUUGUUUUUGCUGGAAACAAAGCCUUAAUAAACCACUUAACUUAGAACCGUUGCUAGUGUAGCUUGGACCUAUUAUUAUAUAAGGCUUGCUCACAUUUUCUCAA